AUGAAGUUGGCUUCGGGUUUGGCGUGGGCAGCCGCUCUGUUGGGCUCAGCAACCGGCGUCACGGCCGCCGAUUCAGUCGUGUAUCAAGACUACGAGACGGGAUUCACCUUCUCCCAAUACAGUGCCAAGUACACGCUCCAGCAGAGCAUGGUGUUCCGUACAGCGAUACCGAGUAGCGCUCAACAAGGCCAGGCAUAUGAUAUCGUCAUCCAAAUCGUCGCGCCGAGAAAUGUUGGUUGGGCAGGCCUGGCUUGGGGCGGAUCGAUGACGAACAACCCGUUGACCGUAUUCUGGCUUAAUGGACAGACUGGUGUCGUUGCAUCUCGAUGGGCGACUGGACACACGACUCCUUCGACUUACAGUGGCGCAACCUACCAGGUAUUCAAGGCCGGGACGCAUGCCAACAAUACUCACUGGCAGGUCACGGCCAAGUGCACGGGCUGCACGUCAUUCUCGAGCUCAAGUGGUGGCCGAACAACAACCCUCAACCCGAAAGGGUCUAACCGUCUCGCCUUCGCCUACUCAUCAGGUCGACCCUCGAACCCAUCAUCUCCCACAUCCAGCUUCCCGAUCCACGACGUCACCAACUACUGGCAACAGGAUUUUUCCAGUGGCUCGAACCCUUCAUUUGACUCGCUUGUGGCCAAGAAUGGAUGA